AAUUUAACUACUCAAACCAAAAAGAAAAGAAAAAUGAGGAAACCAGAGGUAGCCAUUGCAGCCAGUACUACUCACCAAGUAAAGAAGAUGAAGAAGGGACUUUGGUCGCCAGAGGAAGACUCAAAGCUGAUGCAAUAUAUGCUAAGCAAUGGGCAAGGAUGUUGGAGCGAUGUGGCCAAAAACGCAGGCCUUCAAAGAUGUGGCAAAAGCUGCCGUCUUCGUUGGAUCAACUAUCUCCGUCCUGACCUCAAGCGUGGCGCUUUCUCUCCUCAAGAAGAGGAUCUCAUCAUUCGUUUUCAUUCCAUCCUCGGCAACAGGUGGUCUCAGAUUGCAGCACGAUUGCCUGGCCGGACGGACAACGAGAUCAAGAAUUUUUGGAACUCAACAAUAAAGAAAAGGCUAAAGAAGAUGUCCGAUACAUCCAAUCUCAUCAACAACUCAUCUUCAUCACCGGCCAAUACAGCAAGCGACACCUCGUCUAAUUCCACCUCUUCUUUGGAGCUCAAAGACAUUAUAGGAAGCUUCAUGUCCUUGCAAGAACAAGGAUUCGUCAACCCUAAUUCCUUGACUCAUCACAUGCCAACCAACAAUCCAUUCCCGGCGCCAAACAUGAUCAGCCACCCGUGCAAUGAUGAUUUUAUCACAUAUGCAGAUGGUAUAUACGGAGUUAACGCAGGGGUACAAGGAGAGCUUUACUUUCCACCAUUGGAAUGUGAUCAAGAAAGUGAUUGGUACAAUGCAAAUAUCAACAACCACUUAGAAGAGUUGAACACUAAUGGAUCAGGAAACGAACCUGACCAGGGUAUGAUCAGACCAGUGGAAGAAUUUUGGGACAUUGACCAGUUGAUGAACACAGAGGUUCCUUCGUUUUACUUCAACUUCAAACAAAGCAUAUGAAUUUUUACCUCAUAUUCUUCAUUUUUUUUUCUUUUCUGCUGCGGAUUUAUACUCAAAGAUUCUUAGCCUGCACACACACACUUACAUACAUAAAUGCAAAUAUAUAUAUAAAUACAUUGAUAUAAUUGAUAGAUGAAAAAGUUAGAGAGUAUAUUUGUAAUUCGAAUAAUCUUUUCGUACUAGGGCUUUGACGUGCCAUGUGUAAUGAUUAGUCAAUGUAAAC